AUGUCGCCCAUUUAUGCUAGUUCCACUAUGGACACUGAUCCUUUAGACGCCAGUCAACCCGUCGUCACUUCCACCACUCCUGCUACUGCCACUACAUCUGCUGGCUCUGGAGCUCCCAGUUCAUCAUCACCAUCGUCUUCUUCGACUGUAUCAUCUUCAGUUUCGUCUUCGUCGUCUUCAUCAAGUACAUCUUCAUGGGACUCUGUCGACCCUAAAGACCAGCUUGCUCCUUUACAACCAACCAUAGUCGCAGCUUCCGCUUCAACCAUUCCCACCACCACUUCUAACAAGCGUCCUCAGUCGCUGCAACUUCCUCUUCAACCCAAUAAGCGUCACAGCCAUCGCGGUCGCUCAAGGUCGCUACCCAACCUGCUCUACGAAUCUAACAAGGUUCAUAAACGCAAAGAUAGCUCGCUUCCUACCGACUGUACCAUCGGCUCAAGACGAUCCAGAAAGAAGCUGACUUUCAAUCAAUCCCAAGUCGUGGCUCAACAAAAACUACAUAUUCAUUCUCAUCAAAGCAUAUCUACACCAAAUCUCACCACAGCCGUUGGUUCUUCCAUCGGUCCUAUCUCCACCUCCACCUCUAACACAUCAUCAAUAUCAUUACCCACUUCGUCAUCUCCAUCGCCUGAUAUGUCGUCUAGUUCAUCUCCCGCCAAGCAUAAUACCACGACCCCAUGGGUUCAACCUCCACCAGUCAAUUCGGUAUCACUAAGAGAAAUCGAUUUACAGGAAAUCUUCAAGAACCCCCAGCUUCGUCAUGAUAUUGUGUUCGAUCCUCAGCUGCAGUUCCGUCCUAAUCUGGAUGGCGAGCGUGGAAAGCGUAAGAAGAUGAUGGCUGAAAAGUACUGGGAUUCCAUUGUUCUCGACUGUCAGGAUCUUGUUUCUGGCAAGUCGGACAGCUCUCCUAAACUUGUUCUGUUAUUCAGCACUUUACGAGAAAUCCUGUUAUCACUACUUCCUGUUCAUAAUCGAUCAUAUGUCGACUCGGUACUGGAUCCUGAUCUUCUUAUUCAACAAGUUCGUCAUAGUGCCUUGGAUUUCCUUGGUCUUGCCAAGUGGCUGUCGUCUGUUUUCAAGGCCCAUUGUGCUCCUAUGAGAGACUCUUGGGUCGACCAAAUGGUUUCUCGCAUCGAAUUAGGCAUUUCUACCAAGUCUCCUAAACGCUUGGUAGAAGGUCUUAGAAUGGUGUUUGCUAUUUUAGAAGCCAUGAAACUCGACGUUGCCAACCAUCAAAUCCGCACUUUACGACCAAUGUUAGUGGAAUCGGCUAUUGAGUUCGAACAGGAAUACUACAACCAAAUCACUGCAAAGGGCAAGAUUGAUUUCACUGAUAGUCUUGUCUGGUACAAGUCUGCACAUGCCAAGUUCCAGACUGCUCAGGCUUCCAGUGCUGCCAUGGCUCAAGUGUCUAGCACUUUGGCCGAUGCCAAUCGUGGUGCCUUUGUCUAUGGCUUCCUUAAGCUGCUGUCUUGUGCUUCAGAUGAUAUGGUCAGCGAGUUCCCAUCGACUUUUGGCUUUGAUUUGUACAGAUUGGCUGGUUUUAGAGCCGAAGUGCGAAAAGUCGUGUGUAUUCAUUUGGCUAUCAGUUUAUAUCAACAAGUCAUGUCGGCCGAGAUUGCCAGCUUAAAGUCGCCCGAGGCUCGACAGCUGUCUGCUCAAGCCCUUUCUCCUCAAGCUAUUAACAAACUCAAACAGGAUAUUAUCGCCAUUAUUAGCGACUCUUCCGGCAAUGCCAAGUGGACUAAGAACACCCAGUCUUUGUCCUUGGAGUUUGCUAAGCGCAUUGAAGAGACUGUCCACAAGAAGAAUGUCACUGUUCCUUGUCAACGUCUUGUCAGUCUGUGUUCUGGCUGGCUGUCUAAACAUCUUCAACCUCGUUCUGAAGUUUAUAAACUGUUGGAGAACAAGACCAUGACUAAUCUGUUCAGUGGUAUCUGCAGUGGUUUGUGUGCCAUUAGCGGUCUUGACAGCACUGUCAUCAGUAAUGGUCUUGCUGGUAACCCCAUUCCCGAGGGUCCUGUUUCUAAAGAGACUAUUUCUCUUGCCGACAGAAUCCUUGUCUUGGUCAAGUUCCACUGGGGUGUUUUCGGCAAGUACUACUCAGCCUACCUCGCUCUUAGCGAGGAGAAGGAGCUUUCUGCCGCCACUGCCUCUGCACUAUUACUCAGUGGAACAUCUUCGAACAGUAACGACGACGGCCUCGACGAUUCGGUUGAAAUGGUCACGCGAACCGACGCCAAUUCUGACGCUGUUCAGACUAUCAGCAGCAGCAGAAUGAGACAACCAUCCACCUGUUAA